UGUGUGCAGUUGACCGCACGGCACGCUACUUCUCCGGUACCUAGUUCCUGCGUGGAUGCUUUUGUAAUCAUGAGUUGGGAUAACGAUAGUGUGAUACAAUUGAUUGAAGCAUAUAAACUUAAAGAAAUAUUGUGGAACCCUCAGAACCGCAACUAUUAUAAUAGAUUAUUGAAAAAAGAUGCUUGGAAUGAAUUAGAGACCGAAUUGCAACGUCCGUCAGAAGAAAUAAAGAAAAAAUUGGAUUACUUGCUUUCGGCACUUCGUCGAGAAAGACAAAAGAUAGCAAAAUCCAAGACAACAGGUCAAGGUGCAGACAAUGUUUAUCAACCAACCUGGUUUGCAUUUGCACAUUUAAAAUUUCUUCUUAACAGAAAUAAACCUAGAGCUGGAAGACUAAAUACCGCAAGCCCAGAUGAAAAUCACUUUUCUCAUGAAGAAAAUUUGGAAGAUUCAAAUUUAGAGCGUCCUCUUUCGCGUGUAUCAAAUAUUAAAAGGUCUCUGUCAUGGGAAUCGAAUAGUCGAAGUGAACCUGAACAUUUUUCCGCUCCAACGAGGCAACGUGGUGUGCAUGAUUUGUUGAUUGCAAAAAAACAGAUGGAUGAAGCUUUUUCCGUUAUUAUAAAUAGAUGUAAAGAAAAUGAAGAAGAAACAAACGAGUGUGAUUUGUAUGGCCAGUUACUUGCUCAAAAAAUGAAAACAUUGGAUACUGAUGAUAGACAUGUUUUAAUGAACGAAAUUGAUAAUAUUGUGUUCAAAUAUGUUUCAAAUGCUAGAAAAAGAAGCAGUUUAGUGAGGACCGACUGCUUGCCAUCUAAACGAACGAACGAGUCUACGACUGACGGUUAGCAACCUGAAUUUUUGAGUUUCCGUCGUAGACUGACGGUUAACAAACUACGGUUAACAGAUUCUCCCGGACCAUCUGUAUUGAUAAACCUCCAGUUGCCUCGCAAAGACAUGAAAAAAAUUCGCAAUCAAUUUUAAGUUGUUAUGAGGUGCCAUUCAGAACAUCAACAUUAUUUGAAACGGAGACACAAGCACAUACCUCAGAACAGCUAUGCCAUUCAAGUUCAUAUACCUGAAUCUCAUACAUCACCGGAGACCGGAGUCAUCAGUUGCUAAUUAUUCAUUAUAUAGUGCAAAGAAAAAUAUUUACUAUGAUUUAAGGUUGCAAGUACCUCAAAAGAUAAAUACAGAGAAUCAAAGAUGCCUUAUAAUAAUAAGUUAACGAAUAACUUAA